UCUCAAAGUGUGGCUGGAUGCCAGAAUUAGGGUUUGGAGUUCGUGACUGCACUAAUGUGUUGUGUAUCCGGAUUCGUAGGGAUACGCGGACCUUCGUUGCGUUUUCCAUUCAUUCUACUGCCGUUCCAGGCGAUUGCAAUCCAAGCAUCUGUUGUUGCCUUCGGGCUUCCUUCACCGACACUCGAUCCCGACUUCUUUCCCACUCUUGGUCCUAAAGACGCGUUUCCUCUACGUUCAUCGUCUUCGCUUCGUUUUUUUUUUUGUUCUGAUCUUUUGUCAGUCGGGAGGUGGGUCGGUGGGAGGAGUGCUGGUUUCUUGAGUGUGAUGCAGGAUUUGGCAGUGGAGUUGGUGGUAUGAUUGCGUGGAGAGCCUUCCGUGGAGAAGUUCGUGGUGAUUUGGUCGAGGAUUUGGACAGAAUUGUGAGGUUGGAGACGGAUUAUAGGGUUGGAGUUUUUUUUGAGUGCGAUGGUGGGACGCCCGGGCACUCCGAAUUCGCAAUCCGUGACGCAAUUUCUGAACCAGGCGUUGUCGCAGAGAGGGCCUCAAGCUUUGGCGUAUGUGGAGGAUGAAAAAUGGACAAUCCGAGAGCAUCUUCUGAAAGUCCUUCAGGAGUUUCCGGGUUUGCAGGUCAAGUCUGCUGUGUUCAAUCACAACGAUGGGCGGACCCUAAACCUAUUGCAAGCUGAGGGAACUAUUCCCAUGUUUUAUCAGGAUGUGAAAUACAACAUUCCUAUUAAUAUUUGGCUUCUCGAAACCUACCCUCGCCAACCUCCCCUAAUAUAUGUAAAACCAACUCGAGACAUGGUCAUCACGCAACGCCACCCUAAUGUAGAUGGAUCAGGCAUGGUAAACUGUCAAUAUCUUCAGCAAUGGGUGUUUCCCAGGUCUAAUUUAGUUGAAUUGGUUCAAAGCCUGUCUCUUCUCUUUGGGCAAAAACCUCCUUUGUAUUCAAGACCGACUGCGCCUGUUCAUGUUCGACCUCCGCCUCCUCCAACACCGCCUUUCAUGAACCCAAUUCAUACAGGGGGUGCAACUAUGCAAAUGAAUCCUACUUCGUCUCCAGGGCUAUCUCCUGCUCAAUCCCCACGGCUUUCAAUUCCAUAUCCUCCGUAUCAGCAUACGCCUCUACAUCCUCCUCACAGUCGCAACGACGACCCACAAGAACAAUAUAAGAGGAAUGCUGUUAAUGCAUUGACAGAGAGGGUGAGAAAUGACAUCAAUAGGCUGAUGCAGGAACGGCACAAUGAGAUGGAAUCUAUCUUCAAUACACAGCAACUGUUGGCUCGAAGGUCGGAGCAACUCAAGAGUGGAGUACGCGAGUUGAAUGACGAAAAAGCAGCACUUGAAAGUCAACUACAAGCUACGCUGACUAACACUGACAUAUUGGAGAACUGGCUCAGGGCCAAUGAUAGAGGCAUCACUCGUGCUAAUAUCGAUGAUGUAUUUGAGCCAGUCGAUACCCUGUCUAAGCAGCUGCUCGAAUGCCAGUCGUCUGAUCUGGCAAUCGAAGAUAUAUUGUACGCUAUUGAUAAAGGAGCUCAAGAUUUGGUGAUUCCUGUCGAAGCCUACUUGAAGCACGUAAGAGUUCUCGCCCGUGAGCAGUUUUUUCAUCGUGCCACCGCUCAAAAGCUUAGGCAAAUGCAAGUGUCUACUCAGGUUGAAAAUAUGGCAGUCCGAGCUGCUUAUGUUUCAUAGUGUUUUUAGAUGUUCUGGUUAUUUAGUCCGCUCAUUAGCACUUCCAAAUUAGGUCAGGAUAUCUUUUACGUCUACCGAACUUGGCCAACUGAAGUUCUGUUGUAUAUAUUGUAGUGAGCUUACUGUGCCAAAUGGUGGCCGUCUAUUUGUCCUAUCGGUUUAUAAUGGACCGCCGCAUUAGGCGUGACAGGCGGUAUUUUAAUUGCGGGGUGUGUACAUACCCCGUUGUUAGCAUUUCCCACGCACGACCAACUCUGGCCAUUGAUAAAGUCUGGAACUUGCACCUCA